AUGGCGACGGCCAUUCGCACAUGCACCGCCGCAUCAGGCAGCCCAGGAGCGCGGUCACACAGACUGAGCGCGCUCGUAAAAACCGUUCGGCCGCGCUUUCGCAUUGGCCGCGCGGUGGAAAGCACGCGGACUGCGUGCCUUCUUCGCUUUCGCCUUCGUGUUGGGUCUAGCUCUUCUCUUCGCGGCCGCUGCGCUCUUGUGCCAGCAUCCCCGGCACGUAACAACCGACAGGACUUCCGAGAAUCGUCCUUUCUGCGGUGUGGAGGGAGGCAGGCAGCAGGUAUUGCAGGUGAGCAGCGGGGCCAGAGGGCUGAGACCUCGCGCGCAGCGGAGCCGCAUCUCGCUCGUGUUUGCACAGUCCUGGCUCUCCCGCAGGAAUCCGCGGAAUUUGAUUCGGCAUGCCUCUUUGAAGAGCACCCUCCUUUUAAGGAAGCCGGCCGCGGCGCCGCAGGAGCCACGGGAGGCAGGCGCGGCGAAGAUUCGGACAACUACGAUUGUGUGCUUUUCCUGGGAAUACCACGAAUAGAAGUUUGACCUUUCAGUGGUUCUCUCUUUGACAUAAUAAAUUGACCUUUGGCCGUGUUGAACAG